AUACCCGCCUGUACACAAAAACUUGAAAUAUUGAUUUGACGAUUACAAAUAUUUACUACUACAAUUUAAGAAGCAUAUACAUGCAUUUAUAUGUCUUAUAGUAAUAACGUUGUCUGCACGACAUUUAAAUCAUGUGGAAUAUAACAAUAUGUGUUAUAGGAUUUUACAUGAUAGUAUUUUGCUAUACUAGUGACAUACCAUCUGUAAACACGAAGUUGGGUACUAUCAAUGGAUUAAGAAAGGCAAUAGAAUUUUUAGGGAACGAGUAUAGCGUUGAUAGUUAUUUAGGCAUUCCGUAUGCCGAACCACCUGUCAACGAAAGACGCUUCAAAAAGCCAGAAGCACGUGGACCGUUCCAGAAACCAUUCGAGGCAAAGGACUUUGGUGCUGCUUGCUUGCAGUUUAGUUGGUUUGAAGAAAUAACAGAUUCGUCAGAAGAUUGUUUAUUUUUAAAUGUAUACAUACCAGGUUUGAAAUCUGACCAAGAGAGUGGACAUGCGGUAAUGAUUUUCAUACAUGGUGGUGGAUUUACACUUGGCACAGGCAACACUUAUAUCGGGGAGACGUUAGCUGCCGUAGGAAACGUUAUAGUUGUUACCAUCAACUAUAGGCUCGGAUUAUUUGGCUUUCUCGACAUUGACGAUGAAAACGGUAAAGGAAAUUAUGGACUUUGGGAUCAACAUCUUGCCAUUAAAUGGGUUCAUGAAAAUAUAGCUUCUUUUGGGGGAGACAAUACACGUGUCACACUCUUUGGCGAGUCUGCUGGUUCCACGUCUGUUGUUUUACAAUCGUUAUAUCCAGGAAACAAAGGAUUGUUCCGAGCUGCUAUCGCUGAAAGUGGCGGCAUAACGAUGCCAUUUACAGUACCGUAUAACCAUAUCACCCCAGCAACAUACUUUGCUAAGAACAUGACCUGUAACACGGAGAACAAGUUAGAAAUGUUACAAUGUCUACAGCAAGCGCCGGCAGAUCGAGUAUUUAAAGUUAUUGUUGAUACAAUUACAGAGGACUUCAGCGGUGGGUCGGUCAAGGUCACGUUGAACCCAAGUGUUGAUGGCGAGUUUAUAAAGAGACGUCCGAUUGAUCUAUAUCAAGAAGCAAGAACUGAAAUGCUGGAAGAAGUAGAAUUUUUCAGGUCAAUUAUUUUCAUGAAUGGAAUAAACGCUGCUGAAGGUGCAGUGUUUACUAUCAUGCACGCAAACCCGCUAGAUCUAGACAGUUUUAAAGUUACACGGGAAGAGAUGAACAAUGUUGUGAUGCCGGCAGCUGCUGCAUUAGCUUUUAGUUUUAACCGAACAGUAACAGACGCACUCAAACAAUUGCUUUUAUUUGAAUACACAGACUGGACAAACCCUGAUGACCCUAAUACAAUACGAGACCAAUUAAUUCGCUUCUACAGUGAUGUAUUUUUCAAUGUUCCAGCAAUGGAAUUAAGUCAACUUCACGUGAAUGGAACGAACGCGGGAAGUUACAUGUAUAAUUUCCGUGCACGCGUUAAAGGACACAUUUAUCCUACUCCAAGCUGGGCCAAGCAAUCAAAUCAUGGGGAUGAGCUUGGUCCUGUGUUCGGUUAUAACUUCCGGUACAACAAGAUACUUGGUAUAUCAACAUACAAACCGACAAGGGAAGAACAGAAGCUGUCGUUGAAGAUCAUGACGUACUGGUCAAACUUUGCUAAAACCGGAAACCCAAAUGAACCCAUGAUUGUUCCUGCUGGCAAUGUAUGGCCUAUCUAUACACCAGAAUCUCAAGAAUAUCUGACAGUAGACUUUGAGGAAGAUUCCGUCCAGAACUUCAUGUAUGUACGUGAGCUGGAGUUUUGGCGGAGAACAUUGCCCACAUUUUUCGAUGCUGUUGACCAGAAAUCUAGGUUCUCGUCUACUGUAUCAUCUGAGACAGGAUACUGCGAGAAAGACGGACCUUGUAAUUGAUAGAACCGAAAUUUCUUUAUUUCAUUAUUUGGAAUGUAUUAUUUUAAUUAUGUGUACUGUCUUAGCAAUAUGACAGUCACAUACAUGUUUUUGAAAAUUAGUCUUUUUUCAGGGUUAUUAAAGAUCUGCAUGUACGUUUAUUCUAAAUAAAAUCUAUAUUUAAAACACACAGAUUCUAGUGCGUUAAUUGAAGU